ACUAACGUUUGUUUUGUGUUUACAGCGAUUUGGAGGCAUCCAAAACUGUAUACAUUUCUAUUAAUAUCAGCAUUCAUCGCAUUGUGUGACUCAAAGCAAUGCGACCAAACUCCACCGCAAGCGAAGAUACUGGAGCCAAGUGAAAACAAGGGCGUCUUCAAAAUGAUCAUUGAGACCAAGAUGGAGAACCUCUCUUACUUGCCGGAUCAGACGUAUGUAGUGACCCUAAUGACCACGGUCAACGAGCGUCCAUUCCGCUACUUCAUGAUCACAGCUGAAGACCCGACAGUGGACGAUAACAGCUACAUGGUCAGCACCAAGCCGCCUGAUGUAGGGCAUCUGAAGACCUUGGACACGGAGACUGGAAGGAAAUCCCGGUACAGCGACCGUUGCUUCAACUCAGUGGAGAAUAUGGACACCUCGGAUAAGUAUAGGGUUGAUAUCCACUGGAUAUCCCCUAAAAGUUCGGACAAUGAGCAGAAGGUCCGGCUUCGGGCAAUGGUGGCUGAGAACGAGGAGGUCUGGUACAUGGAUGACCCGGACCUGAUCAUCCUGCUGCAGAAAGACAACCGCGCACCCAUCGACAGUCCGCCGACUACACCAUUGAUAUCCUGUGGGUUAUGCAGUGAGGCUCGCUACGAGGUCAUCUUCAAUGGCAAGUGGUCGCGAGUGUCCCACCCCCAGCACUACCCUAGCAAGCCUGACGAUAAUGGCUACACACACAUGGUGGGUGCGUCCCAUGCGAAUGACUACGAUCUGUGGCAGCAGGGCCAGGAGGCCACUGAGGGUCUGAAGAGGCUGGUGGAAGAUGCUGACACUGUUGAAUUGGAGAGGGAGAUCGUUGAGAAGAUGUCAGAAAAGUCAGGCACCAGAACGCUAAUCCGAGGAAAGAGAAGACACCACCCUGACAUGUUCCAGCCUUCUCACUCCCUCUUCAGAGUGGAUCGGAUCCACCACCGGUUCUCCAUGGUGGUGGGGAUGAGGCCGUCUCCUGACUGGUUCCUGGGCACCACUCAUUUUGAACUGUGCACUACUGGUGGAUGGUUGGAGAGUGCUGAGAUUCCCAUGUACCCAUGGGACGCUGGUACUAUGGAAGGCGUAUCGUAUGAGUCCGCAAGAUUCGCUACCAAUCCAAGGAGCAAAGUACAGCGAGUGGAAGUAGGUUCCUUCAACAAGGAGUCCCCGUUCUACCAGAUGAACCUGAACGAUCUGAAGCCCUUCGCCAUCUUGAAGGUCAGGCGGCUGGACGUCUACCCGCUGCUGGGUGUGGAAUGCCCAGAAGAGGGUGAAGGUGAAGAGGGAGAAGGAGAAGAAGAAAACGAAGGUGAAGAAGAGGAAUCCGAACAAGAAGCUCAAGACGAACCUUCAGUACUAGAGUCCCGCCAGAACCUACGGGGGUGCAAUAUAGGGGAAUUUAGCGACUGGUCCCCGUGCGAAACCCUAUACGGGGCGUGUGGCAUCGGCAUCCAGACUAGAGAGAGAAUCGAUGAAGAUCAAAAUAAUCCACGGACUUCGCACAGCAACGAUUGUUAUGGAGAAUUGGCUGCAUUACAAAAAAAACAUUGCUAUGUAGAGUGUUGACAUUGUCGUAGAAUGAGGAUAUGACUCCUGCAUUUAAACUAGUUUAAUUAAUUGUCAGUACCUACUUUAAAUAUCCAUAAGUGGACAGCGGAAGCUCUAAAUAACUUAAGCAUAAUAAAGUUUCUUAGAACAAGUUCCUCGC